CCGCCGCCCCCGGGACCGCCGGCCCGCGGCUCCCUCGGCCUCCACCGCGCCUACCUGCGGAGCCCGCUGGGCCUGCUGCGCCUGGGGCAGCUGGCGCUGGGCGCUGCCUUCUGGGUGACGGUGGCGGCUCACAAGUACGAGGGGGCGGCCCACUUCGCCCUCUUCGCCGCCGUCCUGGUCUGGCUCCUCACCCUGGCCCUCUUCGGGCUGAGCCUGCUGGGGCGCUGGGCGCUGGUGCCCUGGCUGGGCUCCCGCUGGCUCCUCACCAACCUGGUGCACGACCUGGCGCUGGGCGUGGGGCUCUACGCGGCCGCCACCGGCAUCAUGGGCUACAAGGCUGGGCGGAAAAGCUAUUGCAACCUGCCGGGCUACAGCCAGCACUGCCUCUACGGGGCCUACCUGAGCGCCUCCGUCUGCGGGGGCAUCGCCGCCUGCCUGUACCUCUUCUCUGGGCUCUACUGCCUGUCACGGCGCUGCCGGGACCAGCGCGACAUCAUCUGAGACCCCGCGGCGCUCGGCUCCCCUUCUCCUCACCCAGCAGACGGAGCGCAGCCCCCCUUCGGGAUGAAGUGACCCUGCCGCCCCAUCCCCUCCCGGCUGACUGCACCGCGCUUCCUCCGGAGACUCCUGCGCAGACGGAUGGACAGAGGCCUUCCCCGAGCACGGCUUCCCCUGCAUCCCGCCGAGACAGCGUGGACACCCAGCAGCUGCACAAGCCCCUCUCCCACCCCCAGACAGACGUAGGCUAUUGCAAGUGGAAGGACCCAAGCGGAGAGCCUCUAAGAGGGACCCCAAUUUCUGGGAGCCCCCCAGGGCCCCUGCCCAACUCCCCUGCCCCCGGCCUUGCAGAUGCUGCUGCUCAGGUGGGUGCCGACCUGUCCCCGGGGCAGAGGGGGACUGGCCUGGGGGAGCUGGGCAGGCGGCAGUGGUGCGUAGUGGGGUUGGGUGGGCAUAACCCCCCCCCCCAACCCACUGGCAGCCCCCUCCUGCCGUUCCCAACUGCGCGGCGCCUCCACAAUUCCCUAAUGGAGGCUCUGGUAUCGGCUUCCCCAGCCCGGGCCCCUCCUCCUGUCUGGCCUGAACACAUCCACCGUCUUGCCGGAGCCCCGCGGGGCUCAGCCCCUCCCUGCCCUGGGGGUGUGGAGACACCCAGGUCCCACGCAGCCUGACCUGGCGUCACCCUGGCCCCCCGGACACGCUGUCCUGUUUGGGGGCUGAGCCCGCGCAGGGCAGCAAGGCCUCCGUCACUCCGGGGUGAGGGGAGGUGUGAGCGGGGCCAUAAUCUGGUCCUGUGACCCCAGGCAGGGGGUAAGUUCCUCCAGCCUUGGGGUUCAUACUGCCCCGGGAUGGGGCCAGGUGCCCUGGGGUUGAAGGGAGUGGGGCACUGGGUCGUUCUCUUCCCCCUGCCCUCCUGCAGCAAGGUUCAUGGCUCUGAGCCACCCAGAGCCAUGGAGCUUGCCCCGGGGCCUGGCUGCUCUGACAGGGACAGGCAUGGCCUCACCGGUGGCGCUGGAGACUGGCCCGCAAGCCCUGCCUGGCUCUGCAGCGUUUGGUUUAUCAUCCCGGAAAACUCUCAUCUUGGGACUCUCUGGCUCCAUCUCAGGGCCCUGCGCUGCCCAGAGAGCACAGCGAGGCGGAGGGGAAGGGUGAGCACGGCAGCAUGGGGGUGCUGGGCUGCCGCUGGCACUGUGGCUGCGGGGGAGCUGGGGCCAGGCGUUGCAGGGACACAGUCUGUCUUGGGGAACAGGAGAAGAGGACGCCAGCAGCCGGGCCAGCCUGGCCCUGGAUCAGCCUCUAGAGCCCGCUGGGUGCCAAGCCCUGACGAGGCCAUGUAGGGCCAACUGGAGCAACAGGCAGCCAGAGACUGGGAAUUUUUAGAGGAGCACCACACCAGUGCUGCCCUGCCACAAGCCCUCCUCGCCCUGCCUGGAGGCAGGUCCUCUCCAUCGCUCCCGGUGCGAGGGAGGGUCUGCCCCAGUCUCUGUGUGGGCUCAGAUCGGCAGGAUGGGUGUCCCCAGCAGCUAGCCACGGGCUCUGGCUGUUGCCUGGGAUUCCCUGGUGCCUUUUUUGGGGUGGAGAGCAGCAGCUGUGAUCCCCCUGGGGCUUGGAGGGGUCUGGGGUUAGCGCUGGGUCACCGCUUCUGUCAUGAGGUGCUGUCCCAGCCGAUCCCCCCUCGUGCUUGGGAGCCCUGCCAGCCCCUGGGCCAUCUACCCCUUCCCUGGGCAGAACGUGCUGUCCCUACCCUGUGUCAGGGCUGGUCCCCGACACUGCCUGCCCCCGCCUGCUCCGGUGCAGCC